AUGUCCCAACCAAGCACGGUCACCGUACACGCACCAGACCGAUCCCCUCGCCGGAAACGUGCACCAGGGAAGCUGCCAUUGAAGUACUCAUAUGCGCCUAGCAACGACGGGACGGACGAAAACCUGUUGAUCCUACUACAUGGACUUGGCGAUACGGAACUCCCGUUUGCCAAUCUGGGCCGGUCGUUGAAGCUCCCUCAAACAGCGACUCUCUCCCUCCGUGCGCCCCUGAGGAUCCCAUUCCUAGAAGAAGACGCAUUCCAAUGGUACCCCUCUUUCGACCCCCUCGGAGACCUUCUCACCCGACCCGACCCCACAGGCGCAGUAGACGUCCUCCUCCUCACCCUCAAAGCGCUGGUGGACGACUGCCACUGGCCAGUGAAUAAGAUCCACCUGUUUGGCUUUGCCCAGGGAGGGAGCGUGGCUGCCGAGCUUGCGGUGCGGGUUUGGCAGGAUCGGGUGUUCCCUUCAGGGGGGGAGACGGUGGAGCCCCUCGCUUUAGCUUCGGUGGUGACAAUCGGUGGUCCGCUUCUAGAACAUCCAACAUUCACCCCAGCCUGCGCGACUCCUAUUCUCGUCUUCCACCGCCUACCACCCUCGGCGUCCGCCCUCCCGUCCUCAGCAGUACGCGCGUUCGAGCGAGCGUUCCAGGAAAUGAAGGAGCUCAAGAUCACGGGAGGGGAGGGGAUGCCCCGCAGUAGAGAGGAGUGGGAGCCGGUUAUGCGCUUCUGGGCUGGGGUGUUGGGCAGGCGGGUGCCAGAGGACUUGUUAGAGGUUGUUGCUGGUGGGCCUGUUUAG